AUGGCAACGAGUAUAGGCCUGGCCAUUAAUCCGCCGCACACGACAGAAGAAAGGGUGGUUUUCACUCAGCUGAAGCCGGUGAGGAUGUCGGGAACGGACGGCGCGGAGGACUCGUCCGUAUUCGAGGACGUCAAACCCGGGAUCCGGUUGGAGAUGGACAAAUACCUUCCCCAGAUCAACGGUCCUCACUUGAGUCCCAUGAUAGACACUGGUGACAAGAAAUACAGACGAGAGAGUGCCUCUGUGGUUGACGAGUACUUCUCAGAUGACAAAACAGCCCCUUACAGCCUCAACAUCAACGUCAUCCUUCCCAGCACCACUCACCUCCGCACAGGCCUCUACCGGCCCAACACCAAGACCCUUACACCCCAGCAGAUCAAGACAGAACCUGGAUUGGAGGUGCCCUGCUCCAUCCCCACCAGUGCCACCCAGGCACUGCCAGACUUCACCUCCGUCUUUAGUGUGCCGCCUGUAGUCAACAACGUUUUCAUCAAACCAGACAUGAGCGCUGAAGGAGUGGUCAGCGUGGCCACAGUUUCCCAGCAGCAGCCGAAUUUAGACACAGAGCUUCACAUUGGACCCCCAGCUCCCCAGCCGCAGGUCUACCACAUGCCCAUCAGCAGCUGUGCUGACCUCACCAUGACCUUGUCCCACGCCAGCCCAACCACGUCUGGGUCCAACGGCAGGACCAUGCUGAACCUCAGCAGUGCCACAUUGCCUACAUCAAAUGGAAACUACAUGAUGGCAGAGCACCAGCUACCGCAGCACCAUGGCUAUUACCAGGCCUCAAUUAACAACUCAUCCCACCACACGGCUCCCCACAGCCUGCCACCUUCACCUCCAAACUCCCAGCCAGGGAGCCCAGACGGUCAGGCUGAGCUGCUCAGUUUAGCGCCCCAGCUUCCGCCGCCAUACCAGCAGCGUUUGCCAGGGCUAAAGGUGCCGGGGAUGUCUCCUCACGCCAUGCUGAUGACACAUGGCCAGGGUGUCCUGACAGGUCCCAAAUACAACAGGCGGAACAACCCUGAGUUGGAGAAAAGGAGGAUCCACUUUUGUGACUAUCCAGGCUGCUCCAAAGUUUACACAAAGAGCUCUCACCUGAAGGCACACCAAAGGACACACACAGGCGAGAAGCCCUACCGCUGUACAUGGGAGAACUGCGACUGGCGUUUCGCCCGAUCGGACGAGCUCACCAGACACUACCGGAAACACACCGGAGCCAAACCCUUCAAAUGUGUCGCCUGCAGCCGCUGCUUCUCACGCUCCGACCACCUGGCCCUGCACAUGAAGCGCCACCAGAAUUAA